UUCAUAACCUUGAUAAUAAACUUAUAUUUUUCGCAUGUUUGUUUAUUAAACCAGUUGUUUUGGAUAAAUAAUUUUUAAAAAGUGUAACAAUGGAAGCUCUUUGGAAUAAACUAGAUUUAAAGCGUCCGUCAUCUAAUACAUGGAAAGUAUCUUCACAAGAAAUAGAUUUCAAAAUGUUUUUGAAGAAACUAGAGAAAACCAUCAAUGAUCUCGAGUCUCAGGAAAUGUUGCAUUUCGAGGCUGCGCUUCUUGGGAGAUUAAUUUAUCGCAUGAAAUGUAAAUUUAGAAGUGAUAAGGGUUUGAAAAAUAUGGAAAAAACGAACCGGGCUCUUUUAAACUACCUAAAACUUUCUCUCGAAAAUGACUAUAAAUAUCUUAUGGAGUGCACAGAAAUGGUAGCUUUUUCUGAUAACGUCAUUUUGCCAACAAAACAAAUGGUAGAAUACACAUUAGUAAGAACACAGAGUUUUGCGAAAUUAAUGUGUCGAAUUGAAAACGUUUCUCAAGAAGCUGCGCAUUUUCUCAAAUCGAGAGUGAAUAUCGGACAGGCUUGGGACGUUUCCUUGAUUGCUUUAUCGGUCGUCAGCAGAAUUUGGGUUCUUUCUCGACACUUAAUCAAGAAAUCUUGCGACUGGUACAGUUCUUUAUACGAAUCUGCAAAAUCUUUUAAGGCGGUUGGAGCCAAGUGGCUUCCCAAAAAUUAUAUUCUACCAUCGAGUUUAAGAGAUUGGCUAAAGUUACCAUGGAUUGAUGAAGAACUGCCAAGUAUUUCUACACACGAAGAGAUUAAAAAGAAUAUUUUCAACCUAAUUAAACCUGCUAAUGAUGAUUCUGAAGAGGAAUUAAAUUUCGAGAUAGAAGACGUUUCCGAAAUUCCAAAACCCUCGACAUCUGUAGAAAAAAUGAAGAAUAUCGAAAAAAUAGCAAUUUCGAAUAUUAAAAACACAAAAUUAUCGCAAGAGCAAAUUUCCUUUCCAGUAGGAGCGGUCGAAAUUGGACAACGAAUAUCCCGUGAUGCAUUUAAUUCUUUUGUUAAACAACAACGAAAAUCUGAAGCAAAGAAGUCUAAGAAGGAGCAGGGCUUGGGAAAAAAUCAAAAUGAAAUAAAUCAAAGUGAAAUAGAUUCAUUACGAAAAAGUAAUAAAAAUAGAGAUACAAAAAAGAAAUCCAAGGAUGAAGCGAUUUCUGAUCCAAAGGAGUUGGAUAAAAGAAAAAAAGUUUUAAGACCGAACGAUCUUAAGACCGAAAACGAUUUAAUUUUGUUCCUAAAACCGAAGUCUUAUCCUGGAAUGGAUAAAUUGCAAUGGCAAAUGUUGAAGAAGAAUGUGAGACAAUUUCUUGUGGACAUAAAUAAUGGGAACGAAUCUGUUUCGAAAAAAAAGAAACUCAAGAUGGUCUUUAAAAAAAUACGAGAGUGGACGAAUUAAUUAUUCAUAUUGUUCAAAAAUUGUAAUUUUUUCUUC